GUGAACAGUCUCAGUGUCGAACAGAUGCCCGGGGAAACGGUCUGAUUAAUGACGCUGCUUCUUUUGCUCCCCCCCCACCCCAGGGCCCAGGAUGGCACUCUCUGUGACAGAGCUCAUUGUCUUCUCCCUCCUGCAAACUGUCCUGUCCCUGAACCCUGAGGACCCCAACGUGUGCAGCCACUGGGAGAGCUAUGCCGUGACCGUCCAGGAAUCAUACGCACACCCCUUCGACCAGAUCUACUACACGCGAUGCACGGACAUCCUCAACUGGUUCAAGUGCACCAGGCACCGGAUCAGCUAUAAGACGGCCUAUCGGCGUGGCAUCCGGACCAUGUACCGACGCAGGUCCCAGUGCUGCCCUGGCUACUACGAGAACGGGGACUUCUGCAUACCCCUGUGUACAGAGGAGUGUGUGCAUGGCCGCUGUGUUUCCCCGGACACCUGCCACUGUGAGCCCGGCUGGGGAGGACCCGACUGUUCCAGUGGCUGUGACAGCGACCACUGGGGUCCCCACUGCAGCAACCGGUGCCAGUGCCAGAACGGAGCCCUGUGCAACCCCAUCACGGGCGCCUGCGUGUGUGCGGCCGGCUUCCGCGGCUGGCGCUGCGAGGAGCUCUGCGCGCCCGGCACCCACGGCAAGGGCUGCCAGCUGCCGUGCCAGUGCCGCCACGGAGCCAGCUGCGACCCGCGCACCGGCCAGUGCCUCUGCGCGCCGGGCUACACCGGAGUCUACUGUGAGGAGCUGUGCCCACCUGGGAGCCAUGGCGCUCACUGUGAGCUGCGCUGCCCUUGCCAGAAUGGGGGCACCUGCCACCACAUCACGGGAGAGUGUGCCUGCCCCCCAGGCUGGACGGGAGCAGUGUGUGCCCAGCCCUGCCCACCGGGGACGUUCGGCCAGAACUGCAGCCAGGAGUGUCCUUGCCACCACGGAGGGCAGUGUGAUCACGUGACUGGCCAGUGCCACUGUACAGCUGGCUACAUGGGGGACAGGUGCCAAGAGGAGUGCCCCUUCGGGACGUUCGGCUUCCAGUGUUCGCAGCGCUGCGACUGCCACAAUGGGGGCCAGUGCUCGCCCACCACCGGUGCCUGCGAGUGUGAGCCUGGCUACAAAGGCCCGCGCUGCCAGGAGCGGCUGUGCCCCGAGGGACUGCAUGGCCCAGGCUGCACCUUGCCUUGCCCCUGUAAUGCUGACAACACCAUCAGCUGCCACCCAGUAACUGGAGCGUGCACCUGCCAGCCAGGCUGGUCUGGCCACCACUGCAACGAGUCCUGCCCUGCUGGCUACUACGGCAACGGCUGCCGGCUGCCUUGCACCUGUCAGAACGGCGCCGACUGCCACAGCAUCACCGGGAGCUGCACGUGUGCCCCGGGCUUCAUGGGAGAGGUCUGUGCAGUUCCCUGUGCCGCAGGAACCUAUGGCCCCAACUGCUCAUCUGUCUGUAGCUGUCGCAACGGUGGCAGCUGCUCCCCCGUGGAUGGUUCCUGCACCUGCAAGGAAGGGUGGCAAGGCCUGGACUGCACGCUGCCGUGUCCCAGCGGGACGUGGGGUCUGAACUGUAACGAGAGCUGCGCCUGCGCCAAUGGGGCAGCCUGCAGCCCCACAGAUGGCUCCUGCUCCUGCACGGCCGGCUGGCUCGGGGACGCCUGCGAACUGCCCUGCCUGGACGGCACAUUUGGGCUGAACUGUAGUGAGCGCUGUGACUGCAGCCAUGCCGAUGGCUGCGAUCCUGUCACGGGCCACUGCUGCUGCCUGGCCGGAUGGACAGGCAUCCGCUGUGACAGCAUGUGUCCGCCUGGUCGCUGGGGCCCCAACUGCUCCGUCUCCUGCAGCUGCGAGAAUGGCGGCUCCUGCUCCCCAGAGGAUGGGAGCUGCGAGUGUGCGCCUGGCUUCCGAGGACCCUUAUGCCAGAGAAUCUGCCCCCCUGGGUUCUAUGGCCAUGGCUGCGCCCAGCCGUGUCCCCUCUGCGUGCACAGCAGUGGGCCCUGCCACCACGUCAGCGGCAUCUGUGAGUGCCUCCCUGGAUUCUCUGGAGCCCUCUGCAACCAAGUGUGUGCUGGAGGGCACUUCGGGCAGGGCUGUGCCCAGCUCUGUUCCUGUGCCAACAACGGGACCUGCAGCCCCAUCGAUGGCUCCUGCCAGUGCGUCCCCGGAUGGAUUGGCAAGGACUGCUCACAGGCUUGCCCAGCAGGGUUCUGGGGCCCCGCCUGCUUCCACACAUGUAGCUGCCACAAUGGGGGGAGCUGCCGUGCUGAGGACGGAGCCUGCCACUGCACGCCUGGCUGGACCGGACUCUUCUGCACGCAGCGCUGCCCUGCGGCCUUUUACGGGAAGGACUGUGGGCGUGUGUGCCAGUGUCAGAACGGCGCCAGCUGCGACCACAUUAGCGGCAAGUGCACCUGCCGCACGGGCUUCACCGGGCGACACUGUGAGCAGAGAUGUGCCCCAGGAACCUUUGGCUACGGGUGUCAGCAGCUGUGUGAGUGCAUGAACAAUGCCACCUGCGACCACGUCACUGGCACCUGUUACUGCAGCUCUGGAUUCAAAGGAAUCCGGUGCGACCAAGCCGCGCUCAUGAUGGAGGAGCUGAACCCCUACACCAAGAUCAGCCCGGCGCUGGGUGCAGAACGGCACUCGGUGGGUGCUGUCACGGGCAUCAUCCUCCUGUUGUUCCUCAUUGUGGUGCUGCUGGGCCUGUUUGCUUGGCGCCGACGGCGACAGAAAGAGAAAGGCCGUGACCUGGCUCCCCGUGUCUCCUAUACACCUGCCAUGAGGAUGACCAGCACUGACUAUUCGCUCCCAGGUGCUUGUGGAAUGGAUAGACGUCAGAACACAUACAUUAUGGACAAAGGCUUCAAAGAUUACAUGAAAGAAUCCGUGUGCAGUUCUAGCACUUGUUCCUUGAAUAGCAGUGAAAACCCUUACGCCACAAUUAAGGACCCACCCAUCCUCACCUGCAAGCUUCCAGAAAGCAGCUAUGUAGAAAUGAAGUCGCCUAUGCACAUGGGGUCUCCGUACACAGAUAUGCCAUCCUUGUCGACAUCUAAUAAAAAUAUAUAUGAAGUUGAGCCCACAAUCAGUGUGGUCCAAGAAGGCCGCGGUCAUAACUCCAGCUAUAUCCAGAAUCCAUACGACCUACCUAGGAACAGCCAUAUUCCUGGUCAUUAUGACCUCCUCCCAGUAAGACAAAGCCCUGCCAAUGGGCCCUCUCAGGAUAAGCAGUCUUAAGAGAGAGAAGCCUCUCUCUUGCAAUGUGCUCUGCUGAAUAUUCUGACUCUGAAAGAAGACAAUCCCCUGACUUGAAAUAAUGAUACAGACUGACUCCAGCUGCGUGUUAGUUAUUACUUUCACCUGGAACUAAAGAAGAGCUUCCAAGUGGGACUGGGGUAAUUGUUCAAACGGUCUGUUCACAAAGGCAAAUCCAUUCACCCACACCCAACCCCAAAUGCCCAGGAUUACGUGAUCUUUUAAAACACUUAAGAUUCAGCUACUCAUUAACAUCAGCUAAAUAUACAUAUGAUAUACUUAAUUCUCUGAAACAUGAUGCUUAGAAAGCAUAUAGCGUAGGUUUCAUAAACCUUCCUGGGGGAAAAGGGAAGUGGGGAGGGGAAAGGAUUACUUUAAAGCUCCUGAAAUGUGUAUGUGCUUUUGGCUGCUGUUACCAUCAACAUCUGUUUUAUUACCUAAGAUAAACAGCUACUAUCAAUGUUAAAGUACCUGUACAUCUGUGUCUGAUCUGUCCAAUCACAAUGGCCAAGAUUAUAGUACAUAGUCCAAAACUGACUUCAAUUUUUAAAAAUAAGACUGUAAUAAAUACAAAUUAACUUUCCUUCUUCUGCCCUUCGUGGUAGUAGGAGAUGUUUCCAAAGCACAGCAACCUGCUUCAGUCUACAAUGAUUUCUAGGCCAGCUUUACCAAAUCUUGCUGAUUCAAGGUUCGAGAACAUUGCCAAGUCAUUCCUAGCCUGGUCAUAUCACCUCAAACCAUCCAACACCUGAGUCAUUCCAUGUGAAACAACUCGAGAUGCCUUUAAGCAAGCAGUCACAGACUGGUAAGAAUGAAGUAUCCCUAAAAACAGCCAUUUGGCCUCCUGAAUUUAUUUGGUUGGCAUUCCCUGACUCAGAAGAGUACUUGCUUUCAAGCAUUUCUUCAUAAAUCUUGAGUUUGAUGUAGCAUACAACCUAUAAGUGUAGAAGAAAUUAGAUAAAACUGGAUAUAGCAAGUUCAA